AUGGGUUUCUUUGUUCCUUAUUCAAGUCUUUCAAGUUUGAAAGAAUAUAAAUAUCAAAGUGAAGACCGUUCUUUAGUCACUAAAUAUGUUUUGAAACCUUAUUGGCAAAAAUUUGCUCCAAUUUUCCCUGCAUGGAUGGCUCCUAAUGUGGUUACUCUAUUAGGUUUUGCAUUCAUUGUGAUUAAUUUUAUCACUGUUUUGAUUGUAGAUCCUACUUUGACUCAAGGUUCUCCAGGUUGGGCUUAUCUUUCCUAUGCUAUUGGUAUUUUCUUUUAUCAAACUUUCGACGCUUGUGAUGGUAUUCAUGCAAGACGAACUGGUCAAUCCGGUCCUUUAGGUGAAUUGUUCGAUCAUUGUAUCGAUUCUAUAAAUACUACUUUAUCUUUGAUACCUUUCUGCUCAGCAAGUCGUACCGGUUACACCGUCUUGUUGAUAUUGAGUCAAUUCACUUUACUAUUAAAUUUUUAUUUGAGUACUUGGGAAGAGUUUCACACUCAUAAGUUAUUCUUAAGUGAAUUCUCAGGCCCUGUUGAAGGUAUCUUAAUCAUUGCCGCCAUUUUCGUCCUUUCUGCUAUUUAUGGUGAUGAAGCUGUUUGGCAUUAUAAUCUAUGUACCAUUCCUAUCGGUUCAGAGCCAUUCAAUGUCGAAUUCAUUCAUUUCGUCUUCGUCUUCUGUACAUUAGGUUUAUUAUUCAAUACUUUAUCUGCAAGAAGAAACGUCAUAACUUAUUAUAGGGCGUCUACUCCUGAUAAGAACACAUGUGAUGCUAAGGUUGAUGCUGCUAUGAAGGGCUUGUUGCCAUUCUUUGUCUUCUUCUUCUCGGUUUUCACAGUUAUCAUUGUGGAACCUUCCUUCAUCACUUUACCAUUCGUUUUAACAAUUGGUUUAACCGCUGCUUUCGUAGUUGGAAGAAUUAUCGUAAGUCAUUUGACUAAGCAACCUUUCCCAAUGCUAAAUCUACCAAUGUUCAUUCCUUCUGUUCAAUUGAUUUUCUACAAUGUUGCUGUCUUCAUCUUAAGAAAAGAUCCUGAAGAGGUAGUAAAGGCCUUGGUGUGGUUAGGUUUAGGUAUCUCUUUUGGUACCCAUGCUUUAUUCAUUAACGAAAUUAUUUUCGAAUUCACCUCUUACUUGGAUGUCUAUGCUUUAUCCAUUAAACAUCCAAAGAAAGCCUAA